CUUUUCUACAUUGCCUGUAUUUUUUUUAUUUUUGAUAGAAUAACAGUGCGGAAUAAGUUGACAUUUUGAAAUUGCUGUCGCACAAAAGAAAGGUAAAAUAUGACACUUGAGUUUCACGUUCAAGUACUUUUGCUAACAGGACUGGGAUUGACUACUAUUAUCGAUGCGGCGUUGUGGAACAAGUCAGCGUUGAUAUCCUCAAGAGCAAUGAAGUCGUCCUCUUGCGAACCCAUAUAUCCUACUAUACCUUCGUGUGGAAGUGAACCGUACGUAUUCCACUUUCGUUACAAUCAGCGCACGACUCGAUGCGAGGAUUUCAUAACCUGCGAAUCAAGUACGGAUGGAUUCCCCUCUAGAGAAAUCUGCCUGCUGACUUGCAACAAGGAAUCGACUUGUUUGAAGAUAGGUUGGAGGCCAGGCGGAGGGAUUAAACCGUGGUACCACUAUGACUCUGAAGAGGAUGAUUGCAUCGAAGAAACUGAUUCAUCUGCCUCUUCUUCAGAUGUUUUCCCGGUACUAAACGUCUUCAGAAGUGCAAAAGAGUGCCGAGUAGAAUGCAUGCCCACUUAUGACCAAUGGGGCUAACAGGCACCAGUUUUCAAUUCCUACGUAACACAGCACUGCUG